AUGAGUUUCAAUCAGCUGAUAUCCUUAGGCAAGAACUCCGCAACGCUACUAAACAACAUAUUAGGGUCACUAUUUAAGCCUAACCCUAACCUGGAGUACCUACUACCCAGUAUUUUGUCCUAUUCUGCCUUUCUCAUCCUAGUUUGCACGGCGUAUAAGCUAUACGAAAAGUAUUACGAAAGAAGCGAAGACAAGGUCCAAUUCGCCGGCAUCGCGGUGUUUGACGCAGACACAGCUGAUUUGGCAAAGGGAGGGAAGGUUUUGUCUGGCCAAGAUGAUUUGACCAGUGAGAAAAGUGCAGGAGGGAGCGAGGAAUAUGCCGGAGGUGAAGCCGAUGAAGAGGAGAAGGAGGAAAAGCUCGAUGAAGAAUUACGAGAGGAAUUAGGGGAAGAUUAUGAGGAACAGUAUGAACAACCGUAUGAGGGAGAAUAUGGAGAAAUGAUUGAUCAGCCUUAUGAGGAGGACUAUGGCGGAGACUAUGGCGAGGAGUACGAAGAAGAAGACGGUGAGGAGUACGAAGGAGAAGACGAAGAGGAGUACAACGAUGAAAAGGUGUCUGAGCUAGAGGACGAAGGGGUCCCUGAACAUGAUUAUGUAUGGGCACAACCACAGCAGCAACACGCAGCAGUGCACUACCAACUAAAAGACGAAAAAGUGCCCUUCAAAGAGUCAGUGGAGAUAUAA